AUGGUAUCCCACUUUUCACCCGACCUGUACUCUGAAGAAGCCGUCAUCGCCACCAGCGUUUUGUCAUCGUCCUCCUCCACCGCGACCAUGAAACCCCCAGCGGACGAUCUCCUCUCCCAAGUCGGCCACCUCUUAAUCCUCCUCCACGGCCACAUCCUCCCCAGGAUCCUCUUGGCCUACAUACUGAUCUACUCGGUCUUUAUCUUGAUCAAGUACCGUCACACGUCCAUCUCGGCCACACCUCGAUCCGAUCUCCCAGGUCCCAAGGGCCACCCCUUGAUCGGAAACACGAUCGAGAUGGCUCAACGCCCACCGGGUUCCACCCAUCAGCGCCAGAUGGGUUUCCAUAAACAGUACGGCAAAGUUUUUUCGCUGACUGUCUUGGGACUCGGUCGAGUCAUCCAUGUCCGCGAACCCCAGGUGGUUGACCAUAUCUUGAGGGUUAACUUUUGGGCGUACGAGAAAGGUGGUUUUUUUCGUGAGACACUCCGCCCCAUCUUUGGCGAUGGCAUCUUUAGCGCCGAUGGUCAGCAUUGGCGCUGGCAACGCAAGGCUGCGAGCAAGAUCUUCAACGUAAACUGGUAUCGAACCUACACCAGCACCGUCUUCCGCCAAGAGUCCCAGCUGGUCAUCAACUACUUCAACAAGAUCACCGACACGUCCUUGACCUCAAUGGCCAAGUCGUCUGCUGCUGCUCACGAGUCGUCAACACCAACAGGCCCUCAUGUCGAUAUCUCUGUUCCAAUCUCGCCAGUGACUCCCCUCCGAGAAGAUCGCGCUCUACUCGACCCUGCCAGCAAGGUCAUCGAUCUCCAGAGCAUAUUCUAUCUGUUUACCCUUGACUCGUUUGGUCGAAUUGGAUUCGGAGAAUCCUUUGGCUGCCUGAUCGACCCCGAGAAGGAGGUCCCCUUUGCCGGAGCUUUUGACCGUCUCACCGCCAACCUUUCCCUUCGUUUUAAUUGGCCUUUUUGGAGAUUAACCGACUGGUGGACGGGUAAUGACAAGAAGGUCGCCGCGGAUACCAAGAUCAUCUAUGAUUUCGCUUACAAUAUCAUCCAUCGGCGACGCGCUCUUGAAGAGAAGACGGGUGUUGAGGGGGGUGGAGUUGUGCAUGAUAUGAAUGAAGGUGGAUUUGGUGAGGCAGGUGCAAAGAGGCCGGGGGUUUUGAGUAAUAGCGGCAAGGAUUUGAUGCAGCUGUUUAUGGAGGCUACUGAUGAGAAGGGUGAGCGGUUGACGGAUGAGAGUCUCAAGGACACGCUCGUCAACUUUCUCCUGGCUGGAAGAGAUACGACAGCACAGGCGCUGUCAUGGAUGUUUUACCUAAUCCACCGCUCCCAAACGAGCAAAGAAGUCCUCAUAAAACUCCGCGAAGAAAUCGAUACCGUCCUUCAAGGCGGGUCCCCGACCUACGAGGCCGUCCAGGCUCAAAAGUACACCAAGGCCUGUUUCUUUGAAACCCUACGUCUCUACCCAAGUGUACCCCAGAACAUUCGUUGUGUCCUUGAGGACGACACCCUCCCUGGAGGGAUCAAAGUUUACAAGGGUGAAAAGGUUACGUGGGGGAUUUGGGGGAUGGGUCGAGAUACGGAUAUCUGGGGGCCGGACGCGGAAGAGUUCCGACCGGAGAGAUGGUUGCAGGGGGAUAAGUUUCCUUCUACCAAGUUUGUCUCCUUCCACCUCGGUCCUCGCACUUGUUUGGGCCAGCAGUUCGCAUACAUCCAAGCUAUCACGGUAACAUCGAUGCUGCUCCAAAAAUUUGAAUUCGAGCUAGUAGACCCUCACAACGAGCCUGUCUAUGGAACUUCCCUGACACUGCCCAUGGCCGACGGUCUCCCUGUCCGUAUCACCCGCCGUCGCGAUGACCCCUUCAGUCGUGAGGAGUGA